GGUCGGUGUAUGGCAACGCAUUACUAUCAAGUCAACAAGCGCUGAUUCCGACCCUGUAUGCGCCACUACGGUUUUUUUUUUAACACGAAUUUCGAAACUUUUACAGAGUACUACCCGAAACAAACGACCGUUGCUGCGACCAUAAACCGGCGCUUCCAGCUGAGGCAAUCCAACAAACGGGCCCCGCUUCCAUAUCCUAGCUGCCUGCCAUCAUGGCCGACGAUACAACAGAAUAUACAGAGUCGAAUAUUUGGCAAUCUCCUUCGCAGGAAGAUGGCCCACCGACAUCUCGCCCAAGGACUCCUAAAACCCCAAAGACCCCCAAAACACCGACACAAGAGCGUCCAGAGCCACUAGACCGUGAAGCCGCACUACGCAAGGAGCUUGAAGGUGUCCGGAAUAUCAAUGAGUCCCUUGAGGGCGUCAUAUCCACUCUAGAGCGCGCAGGUGGCAACAUGAAUACCGUUUUGAGCACAGUCAACAACGCUUCUGUUCUACUCAACACUUGGACACGGAUAUUAUCCCAGACCGAGCAUAAUCAGCGAUUGUUAUUGGACCCUGGAUGGAAAGGUGCAACGGAAGAUAUGGCCGAGCAAGAAGCGGAGGCUAUUCAGAAACAGCAGGCCGCUGAACGGAAAGCUGCGGAAGAGGAAGAAAGACGCGAACAAUUGCGACAGCGUCGUGAAGAAGAAGAGGAGAGGCGAAGACUAGCAGCGUCCGCGCCUGCACGAGGAACGAGAGGAACCCGAGGAGUUAGAGGCACCACUCGGGCACGUGGCACUACGAGGGCUGGGAGCUCAACAGCCAGUUCUACAAGCAGAACAUCGAGCAUACCAAGUCGCGGAACCUCUAACAUCGGUCGAGGGUUUGGUGCGCGCCGAGCUAGAGGGACAUAA